AUGGUGGCUAAGGUCCGCACUGGUUGCGUUACCUGCAAGAGACGCCACGUCAAAUGCGACGAAGGUAAACCUGGGUGCCAGCGCUGCAUCAAGUGGCAGGGACAUUGCGACGGAUACGAAGAUCCGCGAGCGCAAAUCAAGUCAUCUGACGUGUCGAAGCGGAAGAAGCCGCGAACUGCGUCACCCGAGGACAAGGGCGAGAAGCUUAGAUUACCACGGUGGUUCCGUCCCCUAGCCGAAGAAAGCAGAAAGUUGGUCACCCAGGCUCAGGAUGUGUGCAACGAAUACCCAGCCCCCGGUGUGGACAAUUGGGGCAACAGUCUGUUCCAACAGAGGAGCCCAUGUUGCGGCAGCUCCGAGGGCGGCUUCGAGAGUGGAUUCUGGCAGACUGUGGUCCCGAUGCUGCUACGAAGCAGCACCUCGGUCUGGUACUCCAACCUCGCCAUACACGCGCUCAUAGACUCGAAACAGCCCAGCUGGGGAGACGAGGGCGACGAGCAUGCGAAUGCCUGUUACCGCCGAGCGCUGAGGUACCACGGUCUGGCUCUGAGCCAGCUGCGCAACGAGGCCAAGAGUGGAGGCGAUCUUGAGUGUGCUACUCUCUGCUGCUUCUUCUUCAUCAUCUUUGAGAUGAUGCACGAGGAUGACAAGAGUGCGCAGGCGCACAUGUACAAUGGGUGUCAGAUGCUCGGUGAACUGCGCGGAGACUCCCGAGGGCGGACACUGACGCACGCUGAUGUCGAUGCCAUGUUACACGACGAGCUGCAGAAAGGCCUCCGAUUCAUCGCUGGGCAAAUCACUGGCCCAAGCCAGGACUUGUUCAACAACCCAUUGCUCGGAUACGCUUGCUCCCGCGCUCUGAGCGUGACGAGCAGCGAGGCUGGCAGUGGUUUCUGA